AAAAUGAAAAAGCCUAAUUCCAACCCUUUUCUAGUUUCUACGCCGCCUUCUCCAACCCUUCCCCCCGCCGCCGCCUUCUCCAACCCUUCCCGCCUGGCCGCCGUCUUCUCCCAACGCUUCCCCAGCCCGCCCCUACGCCGCCGCCUUAUUCCACACGCUUCCACCGGCAUCCGGCUAUUCGUUUUGGAGUUAGCCCCGGUUCCUAUCAUUUUGCGCGAGAUCCUGUGAUACGCGGAGAGCACGCGCCAGAUCUAGAUCUGGCCAUAGCUUUCUUGAAAAUAACCAUUUGCGAGCGCAAAGAGGGAACCAAAGGUCCAAUGUCCACCGAUUGCUUUGAGUGAAUGGGCUUGUCCUCUCAUGUUAGGUUUUGGCAGCGCGGGCUUCAGGUGGCCUUGUACGGUGGGUCUGAUGAUGACGCGACGAAGGCUGUGAUGGCUGUGAGCUUGAAAACCAUCCUGGAAAUACUGAAGGUAUACAAGCGGAGAGUGCGACGGCAGGUUCCUGUGAUACCUGACGAGAUUGUCUUUGAGAUUCUUGUCCGGCUGCCUGUUAAAUCUAUCAUAAGGUUCAAGUCCGUCAACAAGACUUGGCAUGCUAUCAUCUCUCAUCCAUGCUUCAUCGGUUCACAUCUCCAACAAUCUGCCAAGAACCAAGAACGCAAGCCUUCCUUCCUCAUUACCCCACAUACCCUGGACAAGGUGAUCGAUAGUGAGGCCUGGCCGACCACCUUUUCCAACUUUAUCCCCUUCUACUCAUGGCAAGAGGGCCAGGACAAUGCGUGCCUUGUUCACUCAACAACCUUCCGUGGCGAGUUUGGGUCAGUUCACAACAUGGUGCGCUGUGAUGGGCUUGUAGUGCUCCCGACCAACACCAAGGUGUAUGUCUUCAACCCAGCAAUACAUGAUGUCCUUAAGUUGUGUAAUGGCCAAAAGGAUGAGUGGCUAUUCCCGACUGUCGGUUUGGGCCUUGACCCUCGCACGAUUAAGUACAAGGUUGCUCGCUUCUUUUACCGCUCAAUAAAUUUUUCUACGAGGACUUAUAGUGUGGGAAUGGAAAUCUUUACUAUCGGUGGUGAUGAUAACUCCUGGCGGAGUGUUGCGGAGGAUCCACCGUUGCCAAUUGAGCCGGGGACCGUCACGCACUUUAAGGGCUCUUUUUUUUUGCUCGUGUGGGAUGAACUCGUUGAAAGGUGCCCACAAGGUGUUCUUCGCUUCAGUUUAGAAGAUGAAACAUUUAGUUUCAUAUGCCAUCCUCAACUUCAGUCAUGCAAAGGGGAGCAGCUCAACUUUAUUGAGCUAGGUGGAGAACUAUGCCUAGCUCAAUGCCUUGAUGGGAAACAAGUAAUAUGGAUGCUGCACUCUGUUGACGGUCAUGAAUGGAUUCAACACCGUGUUAUUAUCUUACCUAAGCCAGAGCUAUACAAAACUUUAUCGGUCAUUCCUGAAGAUGUUUUGCUUAUUCGCAGUGGUAAUAGUCUUUACCACUAUGCUGAUGCCGGUCGAGAUGCAAGGGAAGUGGUUCGUCUGGAUCAGCUGAGGUAUAAGAAUCCUAGAGUUGGGUCCUUUGAUUAUGUUGGUCAAGAUAUCUUCAUCUUUGACAUGUUUUCAUACAUGGAGAGUCUUCAUCCAGUGACAAAGCCAGGCCAACAGAGAAUCUAUAAGGAUGGAAAUGAAGCAUUAGAUGGAUGAUGAAAAGCAUUCGAGAGAAGCCAUCUUAAUUAUCAGUUUAGUUUGUCUUUUAUCACUGUAACCGCAGGCCAUGUGGGGCCAUACAUGUACCGUUUGUUUACCUGCCUGAACAAUGAACCAGUUACUCUCUCU